CUUCCUGUCCUGCCUACAAACACAUGUCUGCUAACUGCUAGCUGGGUCAAUAACACGAAAAAGUGGCACUAAACGCCACUGAACAUGGUCCAGUUCAGUAGAGUCUGCCUCCGGAAGUUUGGAAACUUUGUGGACAAUCUCCGUCUGUAUGUGCGCGGAGGUACUGGCGGCAUGGGCUUACCCCGUCUCGGGGGACAGGGAGGGAACGGGGGAGAUGUUUGGGUUGUGGCGACAAAGAACAUGACCUUGAAGAGGAUCAAGGACAAGUACCCGCAGAAACGUUUUGUAGGUGGAGCAGGAGCCAACAGCAGUCUCCAAGCACUUAAAGGAGAGAAGGGGAAUGACAAGGAGAUCUUUGCUCCUGCUGGUAUCACUGUCACCACUGAUGAUGGCAGAAUACUUGGGGACCUGAACGCUGAAGGUGAUCGAGUGAUAGUAGCGAAAGGAGGACAUGGAGGCUCUUCCUACUCUGCAUUUGUGCCCAAUAAGGGCCAGGCCAAACACAUCCGGCUGGACCUCAAACUCAUCGCCGACCUGGGCCUAGUUGGGUUCCCAAAUGCCGGAAAGUCCUCUCUCCUGACAGCCAUGUCUAACGCCACACCUCAGAUUGCCAGCUACGCUUUCACAACUUUGAAGCCAGAGAUCGGCAAACUGAUGUACAAAGAUUACAAACAGAUAUCUGUCGCUGACCUCCCAGGCCUGAUUGAGGGAGCUCACAUAAACAAAGGCAUGGGCCACAAGUUCCUAAAACAUGUGGAGAGGACCAAGCAGCUGCUGUUUGUGGUUGAUGUUUGUGGUUUUCAGCUGGCUAGUAAAACACCGUUUAGGUCGGCCUUUGAAGCUGUGCUGCUUCUCAUCAAGGAGCUGGAGUUGUACAAAGAGGAGCUUGUGUCGAAGCCUGCUCUGCUGGUGGUGAAUAAGAUGGACCUGCCUGAGGCUGAGGACAAACUACAAGAGCUAAUGGAGCAUCUACAAAACCCAGAUGAGUUCUCUGAUCUGUUACCUGAAGACAUGAUACCGAAGAAGUGCAUUACCUUCAGACACGUGGUUCCUGUCUCUGCCACCACUGGGUUUGGUAUCGACCAUUUGAAAAGCUGCAUCCGAGAGUCGCUUGAUGAAGACGCAGCCGUGGCAGCUCAAGCCCUCCAUCAAGAAAGGCUGCAGGCGCUGAGGUACCCCUCACAUGAGCGUUUGUGAUAAAGGUGGACGACAUCUCGCAGAUACCAGUCGGACCCACCGUGCACGAUGACAGAUGAGUCUCAUUCUGUCCGUCAGAAAAGUUCAGACUGUUGAAGCAGAACUUUUAGCUCUGUGCAGAUAAACGUCAUCCACCUGUGACAACAGAAAUGAUAAUGAAUGUUCUCAGCAACCUUGAAAGAGAGGAGAGAUGCAUUUUUACCAACCUAUUCUUUUCUGUUUCGUCUGAUCACUAAUGAAGAUUAAGAUUGUAUUUAUUUUUUUGGUGUCUAUUCUAUGACUGAAUGAAUCAUGGAAGAAACACUUUAAUAAUGACAUUGAACAAGAAAAUGUAUUUAAUGUGGAUCAGUCAUGUCUGGCUGAUUAUUGAUCGAUUAAAUAAGGUUAGUACUGGAUCACUCCAUCUCAGGAGUGUUGUAAUAUAAAACAAUUAAUAAAUGGAGACAG